AUGAACCUUUCUCUUUUUGCAGAUUUCAAUAGAAAAAUAGCUAGCUGCUCUCUUGCUGCAGGGGGCGUGGCUCAGAACACAACAGACGAAAUGAUUGAACAACAUUUCAGGCAAUAUGGCCCAGUUAAAUUGGUUGAUUUGAAAAAGGACAAGCUGAAAGGCGGUAGGAGCAGAGGGUUCGGGUUUGUCUGUUUUGAAAAUCCAGAGAGUGCGCUGAGGGCCCAGCAACAGAGUCAUCAGGAGAUCAAUGGAAAAAUGGUUGAAGUGAAGAAGGCUGAGGUUAGGGAUUAUAAAAAGUAUGAUCAAAAUAGACAGCAGCAGCUACGCCAACAAGGGCACCAUGAUGUGUACGGCGGCCAGCCUGGUUAUGGUGCUGACUACAGCAGGAAUCCUCCAGAUUUCCAUCAACCCUAUAAUCCUCCUUAUGGCGGCACCCAAUCACAAUAUGCCGGAUAUUAUGGAUAUGGUAAUAAUAGUGCUGGCAGUUACGGCCAGGGUUCUUACUCAGCUUAUCAAAGUGGGCCCCAGGAUUAUCCUUAUGGCGGACGGGGGAAUUCUUAUGGAGGCAAUCAGGACUACAGUUACAUGAGAGGGUUUACCGGAGGCACACAGCAAGUUCCUGGGUAUCAUCAUCAUCCCCCGGGACCCCUCCCACCUCCCCCACCCCCUCAAGAUGGGGGGGCACCCACCGGAUUCACUCAACCACGCAGUACUUACACUUCAACAGCUGACACCUUCUCAGGUCAUCCUCCCAAUACAUACGGAGGUUACAGCACUCCUUCAGACUAUAGCCAGUACAGUUACACUGAUCAGUCGGUUCCAGCUGCUACUCCUGCUAAUUAUGGGCGGGGCACUGCCCGGCCAACUGGCCCUUAUAAUUAUGGAGGACGAUGAACAUGAUUGCCAAUGACCUUCUUUUGUCUAUUAAUUAAUUAAAUAAUUA